CGCGGCCGCUACGGCGUAGACGUGCUACGCGGACUUGUGGUACGCGAGCUCACUGAAAAGUUUCACUCUGGAAUUACAUCACUUUGAUCCCCAUCAGCCAUCAUGAGGAGCUGUUCCCGAAGCGUAGCAGUGUUGGCUGCGCUAUGGCUGAUCGUUGGUGCCACGUCCACGCCUGUUAGAAGAUCUCCAGAUCUUGAAGCAAGGCGGAGGAGUGCCAUCGACCGCAGUAUGAUUAGGUUCGGGAGGUCGUAUCCCCCAGAAAUAUCAGCAGCUGACAUCCGAGAAAGUCUUCAGCGUCCUGUACGCCGAGGCAACAGUUUCCUCCGCUUCGGAAGAUCCCAGCCAAUGGCACUCAGCACUGACGACCUGGUAUCAUUACUGAAAACCUACGGAGAUGAUUACGACAACGCCAAAAGAUCAGCCAGCUUUAUUAGACUUGGCCGUAACCCAAGUUUCAUCAGACUCGGUAGAUCUCCCGACGAAGACAAGACCGGUUAUGAACAAAGUUCUGAACUAGUAGUUAGUGGCUAUCCUCAGAGGAAAUCGAGAGCGCGAGACCAUUUUAUCCGACUCGGGAGAGACAGCGAAGAAUUGAACGACCGAAAUGAAUUCGAAGAUGAAGCUAAUGAGAGAACGAAGAGAGCAGCAGAAGUGUGUGAAGAUUGUCAAGCGUAACUUGUGGUCACCAAAGUUAUAUAUUGAUGAUCAUUUCUGCUAUUAUACAUAAUUUUUUCACGUGAAGGUAUUGUGUCAAAUAGGAGAAAUUGAUUAUCAUGAUUAUUUACUAUACGACCCUUUUCCCCUGUUACAAUUUGUCUAGUAAAAUCUCUGCAUUUACAUCAAAAAGAAUAGCUUUGUUUCUUUUUGAGUAAAAACGUACGGCAGAAAUACCUUAUCAUACCAU